AUGUUUGUUUCAACUAACUACUGUCCAGAAGCUGAGGCACAAGCUUGCAGGCCUAGUGGUAAAAUAAGGGGCAAAAAACCUCCUCCCGGAGAGUGCAACAAGGACAACGACUCUGACUGUUGUGUGGAUGGAAAGCUCUACACAACUUACAAAUGUUCGCCUAAAGUGUCUGGUAGUACCAAGGCUGUUCUUACUCUGAACGGUUUCCAGAAGGGACAAGAUGGCGGUUCCCCAUCUGAAUGCGAUAACAAGUACCACUCUGAUGAUACACCAGUCGUGGCAUUGUCAACUGGGUGGUACAAUAGAGGGAACAGGUGCCUCCAAAACAUCACCAUAACUGCCAAUGGCCGGAGUGUGGAUGCUAUGGUUGUCGAUGAGUGUGACUCCACCAUGGGAUGCGAUGAUGAUCAUGAUUAUCAGCCCCCAUGCAAUAACAACAUUGUCGAUGCCUCAAGAGCUGUGUGGGAAGCGUUGGGCAUACCUCACGACAACUGGGGCGAGUUGGACAUUACCUGGUCUGAAGCUUGCAGGCCUAGUGGUAAAAUUAAGGGCAAAAAGCCUCCUCCCGGAGAGUGUAACAAGGACAACGAUUCUGACUGUUGUGUGGAAGGAAAGCUCUACACAACUUACAAAUGUUCGCCUAAAGUGUCUGGUAGUACCAAGGCUGUUCUUACUCUGAAUGGUUUCCAGAAGGGACAAGAUGGCGGUUCCCCAUCUGAAUGUGAUAACAAGUACCACUCUGAUGAUACACCAGUCGUGGCAUUGUCAACUGGGUGGUACAAUAGAGGGAACAGGUGCCUCCAAAACAUCACCAUAACUGCCAAUGGCCGGAGUGUGGAUGCUAUGGUUGUCGAUGAGUGUGACUCCACAAUGGGGUGCGAUGACGAUCAUGACUAUCAGCCCCCGUGUGAUAACAACAUUGUCGAUGCCUCAAGAGCUGUGUGGGAAGCGUUGGGCAUACCUCAUGGCAAUUGGGGCGAAUUGGACAUUACCUGGUCAGAUGCUUAA